GCGUGGAACGUCGUGCCGCUGCUACUACGCCUAUUACCCCAUAUACGGGUUCCCUACGGGCCUAAUCACCUUACGCCGUAAACCGAACCCAACUGAACGGAACCUAUCCCCCGAUCGCGAGUUUUCCGCGACAGUUUUUCGACAGUGUCUCGUGAUUCGCGUCGCGAUUGAUAAAGAAGUUCAUAGAGAAUUGUAAAGAGAAAUAUAUAUAUAUUAUAUAUAUUCCGACAUGCCGCAGAGUUCCACCAACAACUGGUCCUUCCAGCCGCUCCAUCGGCAGCGUAGUGGGAGUGGUUAUGGCUAUCCGCAACAUGUCCUCAACACGGUGCCGGAAACCGCGGUGCUCACCACGCCCCCGCCCACACGAAAGCCGCUCACAUUUAGCUCACAAAUUGCUGGCGUUGCUUCUGCUGCGGAACACAAGCGGCGAUUCCUACCAGCGCGGAAAAAAAGCGCGAUGAAAAUGCUCGCGGACACGGAGCGGGAAGAGGCCCUCAAUUUGCAAAUUGAAUUCGAAUGGGUGUUGCGGCAGGAGGUGCAUGCGAUACUGAAGCAACUGCGAACCAUUCUGGUGGAGUGCGCCCAUCGAUUUCCGGUGCCGCUGUAUGAGAAUGAGGGAAAGAAGACUGAGAAGUUCAUACUGGCCGUUUCGCCCGAUCAGCUGAAGGCCGUGCUCACCCUGACGGGCGAUGCCAUCACACAGGCUGACAUUAGCUUUAAGCUGUGUAAGGCUCCCAGCCAAACGCAACGUACCUCCAUCACAGGGGAAUCACCCUGGAAGCUGCAACAGGUCCAGGAUGCCGCCAAUCAUCUGCAGACCGCCAUCAACCACAUAGACGACGUCGACGACUCUUAUCACUUCAAAACCUCCGAUGAAGUGCUGCAUGUGAUAGGCAACAUACUGGAUGCCCUGCAGCGUGGCAGGAAUAGCUUGCUAGUGCCCAAAAAGAAGCCCAUCGAUGAGUUGAUCAAGGGACGCAACAUGAAGUCUCUGGUACCCAACCUGCCCGAGGAUCUGGCCGUGAGCUUCUAUCUGCAGAGCCACAAGCUGAUCAUAGCCGUUUACCAGCUGCUAAAUAACCAAGGCACCAUGCGCUUCGAUUCCCGCCAGGCGGAAGCCUCCGUUCAGUGGCUGAACGAUGUGCUGCUGCUGCUAAUGAAUGGCCAGAAACUGUGCCAGCAAUUAAAAGACAAGAUAUCUGUGUUUUCGGUGUACAAAGAUUUCACAGUUGGCUCGCGCUCACCCUCAGCGCUAUCCUAUUGAGACGUGGCGCGAGUACCCUCAGAUGGGAUGUCAACUGUGGAGCGGCGACAGAAACAAUAACAACAAUAAUAGCUAAUAAAGAAAUCGUACUUGUAAUAGCGAAGUAAAUAAUGUUAGUUGAAAUGUUGCUACUGGAAACGGCACACAACCAUAAUACCCCUGCAUACACCCUUACUAUACAUAUAUAUAUAUUUACAAAAAUAAUACUAAACUGCACUAUACUGCUAUAUAUACAAGGCAGUAAAGGGCAGUAAAAUGCGGUACAUACAUUCAACUAGUUUAAUGUACACACAAUCGACAUUCAUGAUAUAUUACCCAUAUAGAACUUGAGUUCAUCGCUUCACGUCACUCCAAUUAUGCAUCAAAAUGCAUCUAAAUAGCAUUAGGCUGAGAAAUGAAACGGAAACAAAUGUGUUUGUAUGUGUAACUAAAUGAAAUUGCUAGAUAAUUAUAGUUUAUUUGUACGUGUAAUUUAAUGUAAUAUACCAUUACCCUUAUAUUUAUGUUUUGCAAAGCAGAUGCAGAGUCAGUCGGUACUUAAGAUCAGGUACUUACAUCCCGUAAACCCCGUAACCCCUAUAUACAUCGGCAUUUACAUGAUAUUGUUGUAAUAAACCAAACCGAAAUGUGAACAGAA